AUCGCUGCAGCCGGAAGCUGCACAAGCAUGUCGCUGAUCUUCUCUGUUAGCAGCUUUAUUUAGCUCCGUUUCCUCUAUACUUUAUGUGUAUCUGUUUAUAUCGCGGAUGAUAUUUUUGUGUGAUGCUUAUGGCUGUCUGUCAGAUGCUUCAGCGCCGCGCAGCCGUUGUCCCCGUCACCGUCACCAGCCGCAGUCCUGGAGUGGAAGUGCAUGAGUUCUCGGACGCUGAGCUCUCCUGUGAGUUCAGGACAGAAAACGACAAGAAUCCUCGCAUCGAGUGGAAGAAGAUCGACAAGGAUGUGUCCUUCGUUUAUUAUGACGGCCGUUUUGUAGUGCCUCCGCACACGCCGUCAUGUGACGUGCCCAGCUCGGCUCUGACGGGCUCUCUGGUGCAGCUGCGCUGUAGGGACCGUCACAGCAUCCCAGCCGCCAUCUACACCUGGUUCAAAGACAACCGCGCUCUGCCCAUCCAACUACCCAACGCCACAUACACCAUCGACGAGAAGACCGGCGUACUGACGUUCCAGAAGGUCAGCAGAGCCGAUGCGGGUCAAUAUUACUGUGAGGCCAGAAACGGGGUGGGACCCGGAAAGAGCUGCUCGGGGACACGCAUGCAGAUUGAUGAUUUGAACGAGGCGGCGCUGAUCUCUGGAGUGCUGCUUCUGGCUCUGCUGCUGUUUCUCUGUGCGUUCGGAGGGUUUUACGCUCAUCGGCACGGACUCUUCAGCCGACACAGAGGAAGGUCGUUCUGGAUCCCGCAGUGUCACGGCGCCGCUCACAUUAGCAGCCAGAACCUCCACAGAACCGAACACAUUCAAAAUUCAGGCUACAGUCAUCCUCCCAAAGAACCUCAGGAUUUCAAGCACACUCAGUCGUUCAUGCUGUGAUGGGAAAAGCACAGACGGAUGGAUGGAUGGGGAUUGUUGAGACACUGGAAGAAACAGCUGGAAAAACUCAACAUUCAGUCUCUGCUGCAAUAAUGCUCCUCUGAUGGUCUCCUGGAGCCUUAAACCAGUCGAUGACCUUUGACACGCCGUGCCUUUAUUUCAACUCAAUCAUGUGUGUAUCUACCGAGUGUGGAAUGGGCUGAAUUAUUGUACAUUUUAUCAGUAUUUGUGUUUUUGUUUUGGAAUAAAAAUAUCUGCUUUUUGUCUGAUUGUAUCUGAAUUGGAACAUUUAUUUAUUUAGCUGCUGCACGGUGAGCAGAAAUGAGAUUUCAUGCUGAAUGACAAAAUUAUGAGACCGAAAAAGUACAGUUA